AUGAACAACUCAAUCGAUUUGGAUGUUUUGAUGCUCCAUUCUUUAGAGGAUGUGUACAAUGUACAUUAUGUUGAUGGCAGGAGUAAUGUUAUUUUCGCAUGCACCAACUUGUUACAGCAUAUACUUAGAAAUGUAGUCACUGAUGAAACAUUUAAAGUGGUCCCAGUUAAUAUGGGAUAUCAGUUGUUGACAAUACACUGUAUGAUUCAGAACUAUUACAUACCCAUAGUAUAUUUUCUAAUGGAAAGCAAGUCAAGGAAUUUGUGUGAUUGUGUAAUACGAUUUAUUAGAAAUAAUCUAUGGCCAAAUGUAGUUCCAGAAACUAUAAUUACAGGUUAUGAAACAGCACUGAGGGAUGAGCUGAUUUCGCCAUUUUCAAAAUCUAGUGCUGUUGGGUGUUUUUUUCACCAUAAUCAAGCUGUAUGGAGAAAAAUGAAAAACUUAAGCUACUGA